AGCGCUGGGAGGCUGCUGUGGGUCGUGGUGACACCGCUGGCCUGAUGCCUUACAUGGGCAAACCUCUCCACUCACCGAGCCGGCUGGAAUUUCAGAGCGUGACGUCAGCGCCCCGCAACUCUCCCAGAAUUUGUUGGAUCACGAAGUUUCACUUUUUUUCGCCGGGAUUUGAGCCUCAGUUUCCUGGAGAGCGAGAUUUCCACACACAGUGAGGAGUAUCACCUUUACUACUCUGCAGAAAUCCCAAACAUCCAGAGAGGAGAAAGGUGUCUGAUCCUGUUGUCCACGUCAUCACUUAGUGUUAAAAAUUGGAACCAUGUGGAACCAAGUGAACAGUGACGACCAGACAGGACAAGUGGCUGCCAGGAUGGAGACCACACCGUCUAUGGGCAGUGCGAGCAUCUCUAUCUCCCAGCAGCAGGCACCCAAGAAAUUUGCCCCGAUGGUUGCACCCAAGCCCAAGUACAACCCUUACAAACAGAUGGGAGAUCCCACCAGCCCUGACCCCUCAGACUACCCUCCCCCUCCACCACCUGCUGAGGAAUCAACCGGUUUCUCAUCAUCCCCUGGUUCCUUACCACCACCGCCAAUGAACUCCUAUGAUUAUCAGAUGAAGGGACCGGAGAAGACGCUCCAGGAGAGGCGCUCCAGUCUGGAUGCCGAGAUCGACUCCCUAACCAGUAUCCUGGCAGACCUGGAGAGCAGCUCGCCCUACAAGCCGCGGAUCGCACAAAACUCUGUAUCUCCAGCAACCUCUUCUCCCAGUGCUCCUGUAACUGGUUACAAGCGUAUGGUCAUUCCAACUCAGCCACCCCUUACUGCAACUAAGAAGUCUACACCCAAAGCUCAGAUUCCUGGGGGAAUCUAUGCUACCCUCCCUUCCUCUGGCAGCCCGGCAACCAAGCCUCAAAGUCACAUGGCUCCUCAGCCUGUCCCAGCCUCCUACGCUACAGCUUCAACCCCAAGCCAGCCCACUUUUAAUGUCCAGGUGAGGUCAGCCCAGCCCGGCCCACAGCAUCAAGCCCCUGGAGGGCACCAUUUUGGCCAGCAGCCCAUUCGCAGCCCUACACAGGUCCAGUACAUGCCUGCCCAGCCCAGAGGUCCUGACUUUGCCUACGGACCACCACAGCCUGGCUUCUCCCCUAUGAGUCAAGGUGCAUAUCAAGAACAGCACCAUCCAGGAGUAGCUCAAGCUGGUGGGCUAAGCUCCAGGAGACCUGAACCUGCCCCCACCCAAGCAUACCAGCCUCCUGGCCCCAAGAAGACCUACAUCACAGAUGCACCACCAAGCCUGCCUUCCUACACUUCUGGACCAAAUGUCCCACCAAAGGGCAGUGCGCCUAUGGCCCAUCCUGAAGACGAGCUGGAGCGUCUGACCAAGAAGAUGCUGUUUGACAUGGACAACCCUCCAUCUGAGGAAUUCUUUGGGCGCUGUGCCAGCUGUGGAGACAACGUGGUGGGUGAAGGCACCGGUUGCACUGCCAUGGACCAGGUCUUCCAUGUCGACUGCUUCGUCUGCAUGACCUGCAGCACCAAGCUGCGUGGCAAGCCCUUCUAUGCUGUGGAGAAGAAGGCUUUCUGCGAGCCUUGCUAUAUCAACACCCUUGAGACCUGCAACAUCUGCAGUAAGCCCAUCAUGGAGCGCAUCCUGCGGGCUACAGGGAAAGCCUACCACCCUCACUGCUUCACCUGCGUGGUGUGCCACCGCAGCCUGGACGGCAUCCCUUUCACCGUGGACGCUUCCAACCACAUCCACUGCAUCGAGGACUUUCACAAGAAGUUCGCUCCACGCUGCUGUGUGUGCUCUGAGCCUAUAAUGCCAGCGCCGGGCCAGGAGGAGACCGUCCGUAUUGUGGCCUUGGACCGCGACUUCCACGUGCAGUGCUACCGCUGUGAGGACUGUGGCUCUCUGCUCUCAGAGGGGGACAACCAGGGCUGCUACCCUCUGGACGGACACGUCCUCUGCAAAAACUGUAACUCCAGCCGCAUCCAGGACCUCACCGCCAAGACCACCACUGACCUCUGAACAAGCCGGCGCCCGGUCACCUCCACUGUGAUAACCCAACGCUCGCUCACUCUCUCUUUCUCUCUCUCUCUCUCCCUCCUUCACUCCCUCCCUUUCUCGCAGGCAUACCCAUCCACAGUUGCUUGCAUUCACCAUAUAUAUAUAUAUAUGAAUUUAUGAAUAUAUUCACCUUCAGAAACAAAAAAUACCAUUACAUGUUCACCUGCAUAUAUUAUCUAUAGACUCAUUGCAUUCAAAGCAGAAGAGACAGUACUUGUGUCUCAAUUCAGGGGGAUGUCCUACUUUGAAGGCACCUUUUUAAAUGCUUCCCUCCACCCACCGAACCCUAUCCAUAAAGCUCAAUAAUUUUAUAUCUCAUAUGUGGUUUUUCAGGGGAUUAUUUGCUGCUUCUGGCCAAGACAUAUUCCUUCACAUAACCCACCAUCGUCCACCACCACAAACCCACAAUAAGGGCAGCAUUGGAGGAGCUCAUUUUCCAGAUUUAGUUGUUUCUGGACAGAUCUGUGUUAGCUAACUUCCCCAUUCCUUGUCUUAACAUUAAGGUACUACUCGCCACAACAGAGCAAAUAAUCGUAUUUUCCCAAAGUGUUAAACUGUUGCUUAGAAUCACUCUGAAUCCAUCAGUUACAAUUUGCAUCAUCACUCAGUGUUAUAUCUCAUAUCAUAAUUAUCUUCAGCCUGUAUCUUCCAGCCACUGUGCACAUCCAUGCGUUUAAGCAUGCAACCCAAAUUGUACACACUGACUGGUUCUCGUGAUCUAAAAUGUGAGAACAUGCAGGAUGUCUGACACAUGUGCCCUGCAGGUGGAGAGGGUGUGUGUAUGAGUGUGUUCAGAAAAAGCCACGGCGCGUUCAGUAAAUCAUUUAGUUUGUUCUUUCAUCUUUAUUAAAGUGCACAUGCACAGACAGCACACACAGAGGGAUGUAAUGACACAGUGAAGCUUAUUAUUAUAAAACAGUUCUGCAUAACUGAACACCAAAGAAUUGAAUUCAAGCUAGCAUGUGUUGUUAUUCUAUUUGCAACUAUAUGAAAACAUUUCCUUCAGUGUGUGGCUCGUCGGAAACACAACAGACAAACAACAAAAUCUGCAAUAGGCGGCUGUUCUUCUUCUUUGUUCGGUUUAUAGACGGGUGGCAACCAAUGUCAAGGUGCGUUACCGCCAUCCACUGUGUUGGUGCACCGGUCCUGGAGGUACUGCAAUACCAGGUCGAUAAAUGCAAUUCUCCUUUUUAACAUAAUAUUGUCUCUGUACUUUCCUGUAGACUUUGCAUUGAUAUAAACAGCAUUUAAUGUUUUUGUUAGCCUGAACUGUACAAUCAAGACAUUCCAUUCAUAGAAACGUGGCUGGUUAGAGCAAAUAGACCAUAGAUGAUUCACCAUGCCAUGGAUUAGAUCAGUGACUGCACUCCAAGCAGUCCGGCAGGGAAAACCAAUAUGACAUGGCUAUGCAAUUUUUAAUGUUAAUUGCAUUGACACUUUAUAAGAAAUUUUUAUGAAUAAGGAAAUAUUUUACCUGUACAGAUCCAAGCAUAAGUGUCCUUAUAGUAAUCCUUUAAUCCAGACUAUGCUGGUACUUUGUGACUUUGUGCGUCACUGUGCUGUGUGUCAGUAUUGAUUUAUUUCAGUGACGCGUCUAUUAUAUCUAGUGUUUGUUUAACGUUGAUGGGCGAAGAAGGGACCUUUCCCAAAUAUGAUUUUUUUUUUUUGUUAUUGUUUGUUCCACUCAAGGUGAUGGACCAGUAGUUUGACUGCUUGUUUUGAUCUGAUGUAAUGAGACAUUUAAAGAUGGUGAGUUCAAUGUACCCUGUGUAAUUUUCACCACUUUUUGAAUCUUGUCAUUCCUGUGUGAGACAGUGAGGGAACAAAGACACACAAAAUGAAUACAAAACGAUCACAGACACAUGCAAAGAGAUGUAAAAUGGCUAUUAUAUGGAUUUUUGUAUGGGGAUGUGGCAUUUAUGUAGGAGGGCUCAGGCACCUUUGCACUUGCACAGCAUCAAAGGGUCCAAUAUCCACGGCGAUAGGAAUCACAGGUAAUAUGCCACAACAAUUUAAACAACUGUUUUCACACCAUUCAACUGAUCAGCAAUAGUGUCCGUGAUGUAGAGAUGACUACACAUCUGGAAAAAGGAUCUCAACAUUCCAUUUUACAUUAUUCAUCAGUUUUGUUAAUGAAAAAUCUUUUAAUUGAAUGGAAAUCAAUUCAGAAUCUUUGACAGUGAACUCUGAUUUUGAGCCAAACUUCAUCGUCCACAGGGUACAUUUAAACACCACAGACAAUGUUAUUCAUACUGGUCGGCCAGUGAAUUAUCUGGACUGGUUGCUUACAGUCAAACCACAUCACGCAAACCAGAGUAUUUCAAAACCCCUGAUGAACAAAUGUCCUGUGCAUGUGUAUUUAUAGGUUAUGAACAUUAUAAUUUCCAGAGACUUCUCUCUACUUCUUCUUUCUGUCUUCCUGUCACAUUCAGUUUGGUGCCAUCUGGAUAUGUGAUAGAAAGUGAUAAACGAACAAAUUAAACUCUAUUUACUUCAUGUAUAAUAAUCCGAAAGUGUUCACAGGAGACUUGUUAGAUCAGUUUGAGUGUGGCACUAUUUUACCAGGGUAUCACAAUGUAAAUGUAUGUGCUAAUAAGAUCAUUCAUUAAUUAAAUAUGAUUACAGCAAAAUCGCCUACAGCAGAGUUAUAGGAAACAACUGAGUUUUUAACAUCCUUUAACAUCCAGUAAAAACUUGUGUUUGAGCUGAAGGUGGCACAGAGGUUGAACUCUGUUUAUUUGGUUCUCAGGCGUGCAGAGACAGAAGCAGCCGCACAGACAGAAGCAGCCGCACACGCCUCGAGCAGGAAGCCAGGGAAGGCUGCUUCUGUGGAAGGUUAGGCAACCUCAACUCCAUAUCCUGAGGAAUUUAUUUCAUCAAUAUCUGACGCGCAUAUUUAGCCAGACAGUUCAUCGGUCACAGAGAAAAACCAACAGACAACGAGACCCUUGCAGCUGAGGAAGAUCAUCUCCGUGCAGCGCCAGAGAAAGACUUCUCAGUGCGUCUUAAAAACAUGUUGAAGUGUCUCAAAGGUGUCACAGAACUCCAGAUAGUCUAUUUAUAUCCAUCAUGAGCAUCUUUUAUAAUUUUAUUAGUCUUUUCUCAAGUAACAAACUAAACUUAUAUUCUGCCUAUUCUGUCUCCUCCACUCACACCAGCUGCAUCCUGUCCAGGCUGACUGUGGCCAUUUGACACUUCUGAUUACCUCUGGUUGCCAGGCAACAGGGGACACAAGAAAAACACACACUCCAUAUAUCAUUAUGUCACUUACUGUACUUUGCUAGGUUUCAGCUCAGAGAUGUAGCCGGGGAUCCGACCGAGUUAGCAUGUGAUGUUGGCAGCGUGGUAAAGGUCGCCGCGGGGCCCUGUGACCUGCUGCGAUAAUUAGACAAGCAGUGGUGAAGGUCACAACACGAGUUUAACAUCCGCCGAUGAAAACCCAGAGGAAGGAGUCAAAGUGACUCAGGAGGCAGAGAAAACAAUCAACCAUCAGUGAGGCGAUGAAUUUCGAAAAAAGCACUAUAGUGGUGCUCAUUGGAAAUUAUUAUUCAGGUAUCGGGUGCAGAGUUCGUUCAGUCCAUAUUGCCUCAGUUUUCUAUAGUAGCCUGUGUGUUGUUUUAUUUUUACACUGUUGAUGCCUUCCAGAGUUGUUAAACCUGGUUUGUGACAGUCUGAGGAAGCUCCAUGUAAAGAUGUAGUCCAUAUCUUUGCAGAGUGAGACCUCUUACAUCAGACUUACAGUGUGUUUAAGGGACUUGAAAGCAGUUGAUGAAACCGAACGUUACCAUGUAACAACUUUAACUAUUUAACCAAUAUUAAAAUGUGAGGUAAUUUAAAGCUUUGCUAAAAUAAUAUAAUCAUAACAGUGGAUUCAAUAAUUAGGUGUAAUGUAAAACGUGUCUCUCCUGGUGAUGAUCCCUCAAAGAAUCAUCACCAGAUUUUGCAGUUUCACUCUUAAGUGUCUUUCAGCUCAAUGUUUUGGUUUUGUGUGGUCCACACUCACCGAUCUAAGUAUCUAUUUAUCCCUUUAUUAAGUGGUAAUAGCCACUUCUAUAAAACCUUUAACACAAGUUAACAUCAUGUGACAUAAACCAAACUCGCAAAACCAGAAUCGCCAUAAUACUAAUCCUGAUGAAAGUCUUUUCGGGUGUUAAAUAAAAUGUUGUCAGUAUUUAAAUCUGAUCUUAUUAGCAUGUAUUUUACAAAGUGUACCCUGGCCUGGCCCCUGAGCACAGAGGUGAAUCUAUGCUUUAGCUUUCCAUUGUGCCAUUACAGCUGUCUUACACUCCUGUUUGUCAGCGGACACAUCGCACACGUUUGUAGGAGCAGCUCGGACGUGAAUCCAUUCAAGACGUCUGAUGCUUUUAUUACAGAGUCCAUCUAAUGAUUUUUUUUAAAGUAUUUGUUAAGUGUAUUUGUGUUGUGUUACUGUCUUUGUUUGUGUAAAAGUGCCCUCGGCUGAGCAGCACUGAAUCACUAAACUGUCGUGUUUUUCAAAUGUUGCUCUGCCUCGCUCAAAGAUGUUGCCUUGUUUACUUGUGUUUUGCCAAAGUAAAUAAACAGGCUGCCUUUUGUUUGUGAGUCCGUACAGUGGGAUGUCUAUAUCAGGUGUGGUGACUUUAAGACCAGCAGCAGGGUCUGAACCGCUGCUGUGUGAGAAAGUGCUUGACCCCCUGUUGAUAAAGUUAAGCGUCUCAUCUGUUCUUCAUCAUUGGAAGGGGCAUGUAGUCAACUGUUGUUUUCUCUUCUUCAAUAAAAAGCUUUUGCAACAGCA